AUGUUUGAAGAUCUUCAAAUUGUAUUUGAUGGUGCAACUGCUAAUGGUAGUAAGUCAGUUGGAUUGAGUGAUACUACUGAUGCACCCACUUGCAGAGUUGGUGAUGACCAAGUGAAAGAAACCUUGGUUUUUUGCGAGAGUGGCGAUGAUGGUAAUGAUGCAUCACCUUUUUUAGACAAAAAUCUAAAAGGUUAUGUCGAGAAAUUUAUCCCAAGAAAGAGAUCUAGAACUGAAGCAUGCAACAAUUUAAAGGAGCUGAAGAGUGAUAACAAUGAUCUUGUGGUCACAGUGAGCAACAAGAUCCUUAGUAUCAUACAACAAAGAGAAGAAAGACAACAAAAGGAAGCUGAGAGAACAGAAGCUGAGAAAAAGAAAAACAGUGUUUGGGAUGCUAUGAAAGAGAUCACUUAUUUGGAUGAACAUACCAAAUUCAAAGCUGUUACCCUUAUCUAUUCUUUAGAAUGA